GUUACUGUAACUGUAUUCAGUGACUCAUCAACCAUGGCUGACACUAUCUGCAGGACGCUUCGUGACGGAGGCUUAGAAGGAGAACACGCCCCUGCUCUCACUAUUAAGGAUUCUAUAGCUACACCGUUCGGUCUCGAUGUCUUCACUCACGUGCUCACUCAGCUCUCCAACUAUAUUUUGGCGGGAAAAUCUCAGUCACGAGGUAUCGUUAUCGUUGGCUUUUGUCGGAGCCCGUCGUUUUACGUGGAUUUGUUGAAGGGAGGAGGGAUUGACGUCACUACAGCUCAUAAAUGGAUUCAGAUAUUGGAUUGUUACACGGAUCCGCUUGGUUGGAAAGUUAAGUUAAACAUUGAGGAUCUUUCUCAGGAAACUUCCGUCUUGUCUACUUCUUGUAAGGACGUGAGAGAUUUAGAUAACUUGUACUCUUCAAUUAUUGAAUUGGGUAAAGUAUUGGUUGGACAAGGGAAAGGUCGUUUUACUGUUGCCAUUGAUUUGGUAAGUGAAAUGUUAAGACAUGCAUCCAUCACAUCAGUUGCAGGCCUUCUAAGCAACCUUCGUAGCCAUGGUCAAGUUUCUAGUAUCUUUUGGUUGUUACAUUCAGAUCUUCAUGAAGCCAGGGUCACCAAUGUUCUUGAGUAUUUAUCCUCAAUUGUUGCCAGCCUGGAACCAUUUACAAGAUCUAUGACUGCACACAGAGGUGAUUUAGAGAACCUCUCAUUGCUUGAGCAGAACCUUAGGAAAGGAAGGUUUAAUGUUCGGUUCAAGCGAAGGAACGGACGUGUUCGAGUUAUGUGUGAAGAAUUACUUGUGGAGCUGUCAGGCAUCAGCUUUACACCUGUUUUGUUGUCUGAAGAUGAAAUAAUCAAUCAACGCCUUUUGCCAAAGGUGCAGUUCAAUCUUCACCUAUCAGAGAAAGAGCAAACUGAAAGGGCUAAGGUUGUGCUUCCAUUUGAGCACCAAGGAAAUGGUGAACCUGUACAAAUUUAUGAUGGUCGAAGGUCUCUCAAUGAGGAUACACUCGUUUCAACUCAGAGUUUGCAAACAGAUGGGAACUCUGGCAAGGGUCAGAUAAUAUAUUUCCGUGAUUCAGAUGAUGAGAUGCCAGAUUCAGAUGAGGACCCAGAUGAUGAUUUGGAUAUAUGAUAAUGUUUGCGUCAAUUGUGUUUGUGGAUCAAUGCCGAAGUUCCGCAACUUGAUCUUUUGUUGGGUUCCAUUGCCUAAUUAUCUAGUAUCCUUUCAUGUAGCCCGAUGGAGGAGAGUCCAACCACUGGAUUGUAAUCCCUGCAAGUUCUGUAGCAUUCGGAAAUGUAAGGCUUCUUCAUUUGUGAUCAUGCACUUUUUUCCCUGCCUAUCGAAUAUAAACAAUAUGAAGUAGGUGCGGUGGUUGAGUGGGCUCUUACAUUAGAAGCAGCAUCAUUUUCAAAUUUGAGCAGUUCUACACAGGGAAGAUGUCAUGAAUAGUGUCGAUUUGAUUAUUUUUUGGUCGUCUUUCUCACCCUGCAGUUAACUUUUGGGAAGAAAAGGUGGGUACUUCAUUUCUUUGUUGAUUGUUGAGAGUUUGGAGAAUUUCCAGGCUUCAGCUAUAAGUUAAAAAAUUCCCGGUUGGCCAAAGUGAUGAGCUCUAUAGGAUAACUAAGAACGUAUUUUGUUUCUGUAUGGAUUGAAAUGACUUGCUGCAAUGUACUUGUGUGGAAUAUAAACUGUAUUUUUGUUUCCUUUGAAAAAGAAAAGACUUAUACGAAUAACAGUGGAUUGGCCAUAUUGAUACAGAUUUCAUCUUAUUUCAGUUUUAAUGUAAAUAAUUUCAUAUGA